CUGAACCAAACAAUCCUCCUGAUUCAUGAUAAGCCGCUUAAGCCUCUUCCAAGUAUCACACCGAACACGAAGAUGUUUUCAUAGCUUUCCUACCACAUGUCAUUACCAACGCGCAAGCGAAAAGCUAUUUGCAGAUGCAGAACGGGAGGAAGCAGAAGAAGCUCAAUGCCCUAAACCAAGCAUUUCCAACAUUCCUCAACUACAGAGCCAGGAUGAAAACUGGACAGGCGAAGAAUCUAUACGAGAUGCUGUGCUGCGCAUGCUCGUCGACAAGUACAAGCCUAUGCGCUCGGGGCCUAUCAGGACGGCUGACAUGAAGCUGAGGGAGGCGCCGCCGAAGGUGCACACAGAUGCACAUGUCGUCGAACGACCUGCCCAAGGGUGGCAAGAACUUGCAAACAAACCUUUGCUACCUUCCAUAGAAGGUCACAAGCCUUGGCUUACUACUUACAAGGCCCCUUCUCAUGCGUCUGCAUCCAUUAAGCUCGGCAACUUCACACCUGCAUCCGCACGUACACCUGGCGUCCAUGCUGUGACGGACGAACGCACUAGAAAGACAGAGAGGGAGCUUGCCAGACGAAAAGAGCAAGCAGGACGACUGUCAAGAGCUAGAGAGUCAACGUUGGAUUAUCGCUUGGGCCUGAAGAACAGCGAGGGGCAACACACUGCUGGUCGGAACCCUGUGAGUAUGAGGGGGUGGCAGGCCUUGAUAGAGGACAAGAUACAGAAAGCUCGAGCUGCCGGACAUUUUGACAAAAUCAAAGGGCGAGGUCAGCCUAUGGUCAGAUUGAGCGACGAGCACAAUCCUUUCAUUGCAAGAGAAGAGUUCCUCAUGAACCGGAUUGUUCAAAGGAAUGGGGCAGCUCCACCAUGGGUUGAAGUACAAAUUGAGCUCGAGACUGCAGUGAACUCGUUUCGCGAUGUCCUGCGGCAGUCGUGGACAAGGCGUGCAAUUCGGACUUUAACAAUGUUACAACCAGCGACUAUGUUGCCUUCAUUAUCGCUGGGCAGUGUGACAUCAUUGCGCGACCGCGAGUGGGAAGAACGAGAGUGCUCUUACCACGACACAGCCAUCGCUGAAUUGAAUUCUUUGGUGCGUAAAUACAAUGCCCUUGCGCCAUAUUCUGUGCGCCGCCCAUAUUAUUCUCGAGAGGCCGAAUUAGCCAAGGCGUAUCAGGAUUGCGGGGAUGACAUUCUGCGUGAGAUAUCAGAGAGAAGAGAGAUACAUGGCAAGUCUGGUGCCUCACCACCAUUUGAAGUCGAGUCUUCUGUGGACGUCGAUGCUUUGAGUUCAACGACUUAUCCUUUGAGGUUUCGAGAUAUCAUCCGUCGGUGGUUUAUGAAGUUGCGAGGGAGAUUCUUCAAUGUAUCCUGAACGACGCGCUCGCACGGCUGAUCAUACAUACACACAUACAUGCAUGCAUUGUGCCCGGAUGAAGUUGAACAGCUGAACGGCUCAAGGCACGCCCCACAUCUAUUCUAGACCCCUCGAUUGUAGCUAACAAUUCAUACUACAUGCAUUUGUAUCCUUGUCCUUGUGUUGUUACCGGAGAUCCAGGAAUCCAGGAGUGCGCCGGCUGCCUUCCAUAGCCGAUUUUUGUCCAUUGUGUUGGAUCUGAUACCGCGGAGGCAUUCAUGUCCUAGUCACAUCAGCGUUGUUCCUCAGGCCUCAGGCCUCAACGUCCACGAAGUACUGCAGUCGUUACGACAAUUAAUACAUACAAAAACGACGACAAUACUGAGCACGAUUGAAUAAAUCGGAAUUCAUGCGAUUUACGUGAAUUCGGCAUCCCGGACAUAACUCGGCCGCA